UAAAAACUACAAUAUUACAACCACAAAAGUUAGAAGGUUGCAUCAUCCAGCUAAUUUCCCUUCUCCAUCGUGUAUCGGUUGAAAUCGAUAUGUGAAGCGCUGGCUGAAGGCCUUGAUCGAGGUCAAAUAUCCUCCAUUCUAAUUGCACACUAUUAUUUUUAUUUCUAGACUGGAUUCUUCUCCAAUUUAGGCGACAGGAAACCACCAAUUUUCAACUGACACUGGCUAUAAUUCGAGAUGGACGAGACCUACAAGCCGAUUGCGGAGCGAGACAUGGAAGAGGAAGCUGCGAGCACGCCGAAAACGGCGCUGUUGAAAAUCAAGUCGUCUGGCGAAACGGACGGGGCCGACGAGAAAAUGUUGCCGGAGGACAUUAAAAAAGUUGAGGUGGUUUCCAAUGAUGAUGGAAAACUGAAGGAGGGUGAGAAGCAAAAGAAUGGCGACGCGAAGCUUAAUAUUGGUGAGCCCGAAAAGCUGUUUGUGGGCAUGGAUAAGGAGGAGCUUCUCAAAUAUGCGAACGAUCCAUUUUGGGUGCGUUUACGAUGGUUCCUCUUCAUCGGAUUUUGGACAUUGUGGGCUGCUAUGCUGGUUGGUGCUGUCAUGAUUAUUUACGCAGCGGAGAAGUGCCAUCCGCCUCCACCUAGGACUUGGUGGCAGGAAGGUCCGUUAGCAGAAUUACCACCGGAUACAACCCCAGCACAACUGAAUCAGAUUGACGGCAACAUAAAGGGCUUGAUUAUUCCUUUGACAGAAGAUGCAUACACAUCGAUCGACCAAGACCAUCAAGUUGUCAAGCUGCUCAAACAGGUGAAAGAAAAGGGAACAAAUGCUAUAAUUGACUUGGAUCCAGCUGGUUCUCAUGUAUGGUUUGGGAAAAGCGAAGAUGUGAAUGGGCCAUAUGAAGAUUACUAUAUCUGGAGACCUCCGAAGACUUUUGGGGCUGAUGGUAAACCAGAAGCUCCGAACAACUGGAUAAAUAUAUCCAACAAAUCAUCUUGGGUGUACUCUCAAAAGAAGAAACAGUUCUACUACGCUCCGACAGGAAAGCCGCAUUUGAAUUUCAGAAAUAGUAAUGUUGUAGAAGAAUUUUCGAAAGUAUUAAAAACAUUCCUUGGUCACGGCGCGUCAGGUGUCAGAAUAAGGAAUGCUCCGCUUCUGUUGGUUGAUCCGAAGUUUGAAAACGAGAUGAGCAUAUCCGCCAGUACAAAAUACGACUUAUCGCAGUAUGGAUUUUACAACCACCUGAAGACGGAACAUCUGGAAGACCUUGGUCCGUUGAUGUUAACGUGGAGGAACGUUGUGAAAAAUAUGACCGAAAACGGUCCGUUCACUGCAGCAGAAGAGUUGACUAAACUGCAGUCGUACACCGUAAAUCAAAGCUUGGUGGUGGAUUUACCCUUGAAAGCGCAUGUCUUCGACAGAGUUGACGUUAAUUACAUCGAUAACAAUUUGAAUCUUACUUUCAAGAUUGACGGUAUCGAGUGGCCUCUUUGGAAGGCAAAUAACCACAAUCUCUCCAGAGAUACCUUAGAUAUAGUGACAAACUUACUACCUGGCACAACGCUGGUGGAUGCUAAUGCGACAAUUGAUCCCAAGCUACUCAAGAUACGGCAAAUGCCUUCGAUCAUGAGGGGAGAAUGCAGUAUUCAUAAACUAGAGAAUGAGACUGUUAUAGCAUACUUAAGGGUAACUUCUGGAAAUCCUGGUGUGCUAGUUGCUCUAAAUCCGCACGAUAAAACAGCGGUAAUAAACUUCACUACUCAAAUUCCCGCACUUUCCAAAGUAGAGGAGUUGACAGUACAGUUGUACAGCAGCAGUUAUAACGAGACGGAGUUUAUGACUGUCAACAAAAAAGUGGACGCGACGAAGGUGUCAGUUUCGCCGAAAUCCGUUUUGGUACUGUCCUACGUACCAAAAAAAUCUGAAUAGGUUUGUGUGUUGACUCAGUGCCAAAAGCAAAUGACAUGACUUCCGUAAGAUUACAUAAUAAAAUGAGUAUGAGCAAA